UCAACAUAUAAAAAUGUUUUUUCUUUAAGACUUAAACACGCUUACAAAAGCCGUUUUUCAUGAUUUUUCAUAUUCAAUAUUCAACUCUAGUACUCUCCUUCCUUAUAAAGUUAAGACUUGGUAUUGCUAUAAUACAUCCUUUAUAUACCUACUACCAUCCAUCCCUCAUCAUUUCAAUCCUAACUAAUCAUCAUUCCUCAAUAACAAAUCAUCAGCAGAGCCAUGGCAACACCUGAUGCACCAAUCACCAUCAACACCAAUCUUCUCAAGUCCUUCUCUAGCAAAUCCUUCCACCUCCGAUCUCCCAGCCUCAACUCGGUACGCCUCCGCCGCGUAUUCGAUCUAUUCGACACCAACCACGACUGCCUGAUCAGCCUAGACGAGAUCACCCGCGCCUUGACCCUCCUCGGCCUGGACGCCAAUUCACCCGAUCUCAACACAAUAAUUAGUUCCCACAUCCGUCCUGGUAACACGGGCCUCACCUACGAGGAUUUUGUGAGCCUUCACCGAUCAAUCAAUGAUCUGAUUUUCAGCGUGGAAGAAGAAGCGGGCUGUAAAGAGGAGCAGGAUGAGGCGGAUUUGAAGGAGGCUUUCAAGGUGUUUGAUGAGAAUGGUGAUGGGUUUAUUUCUGCAACGGAGUUGCAGAAAGUGCUCGGAAAGCUUGGCUUUACGGAGGCUAAUGAGAUGGGAAGAGUGAAACUGAUGAUCUCGUCCGUUGACUUGAAUCAUGACGGACGCGUUGAUUUUUCAGAGUUUAAGGACAUGAUGCGGGCCCUACAAUAAUACUAGUACUACGUUUGUAGCUUUGUACUCCAUGUUCUUGUUUUCAUUUCGUUUUUGAAUUUCGGAAUUUGUAUUUGUAUUUAUUCUCCUACUAGUAUUAAGCCACUGCGUUGCAGCGGUUGUCAUAAAACUA